AUGCUUUACUGUUGGGUAGAGCCACUGACUGGAGCCAUUUUAUUAUUCUAACUGCAAAGGGGCAGGUGCAUCUGCAUUUUUAUACUCGUUGUUUAGUGACUCAGUCGCGGAAACAUGGGGCAGUGUGGAAUUACAUCCUCCAAGACCGUGUUGGUUUUUCUUAAUCUGAUAUUCUGGGCAGCAGCUGGGAUAUUGUGCUACAUUGGAGCAUAUGUGUUCAUCACUUAUGAUGAUUAUGACCACUUUUUUGAAGACAUUUACACCCUGAUUCCUGCUGUCAUAAUAAUCGCAGUGGGCACACUCCUCUUUAUUAUUGGCCUGAUUGGCUGCUGUGCCACAAUUCGCGAGAGUUCUUGUGGUCUGGCAACUUUUGCUGCUAUUCUCCUGUUAGUGUUUGUCACCGAGUGUGUAGUGGUGGUUCUUGGUUAUAUAUACAGAGCUAAGGUUGAAGAUGAAGUGAAUCACUCCAUCCAAAAGGUUUAUAAUGAAUACAAUGGAACAAAUACAGAUGCUCCUAGUCGUGCUAUUGACUAUGUGCAGAGGCAGCUUCGCUGCUGUGGCAUUCAUAACUACUCUGACUGGAGGAAUACAUGGUGGUUUAAAGAAUCCAACAACAACAGUGUCCCUGUCAGCUGCUGUCAGCCCAACAUCAGCAACUGCACUGGUACACUGACACGCCCUGGAGACCUCUACCAAGAGGGUUGUGAAGCUCUGGUUGUGAAGAAAUUAAAGGAGAUUAUGAUGUAUGUCAUCUGGGCAGCGCUAACGUUUGCAUCUAUACAGAUGCUGGGCAUGUUGUGUGCCUGUGUUGUUUUGUGCCGAAGAAGUCAUGAUCCUGCAUAUGAACUUCUGGUCACAACUAACAGUUAUGCAUGAGAUCCAGCCAGCAACAAGAACUUCAAAAUACAAACAAACAAAUGGAAACGUCACUACGCACAUCCACAGUAGGUCAGCUGUAGUUACACAAACUCAAGUACACCUUGCACAAUCCAUGACAAAGUAGGGGCGCAAGCACUGGAGAGUUUUCGGACUGGAUGGUUUAUUUAUGUAAAUUAAUGACAUUUUUUUCAUAAUAUCAGAGCCAAAGUUGUAUACGGCUGACUGACACUGCAGAUUUUCAUUAAUUUGUUUAAUAUUUGCUUACUCUUAUGAAAUAGGGGUUUAGAGCUUAAAUGUAAAAUUCUGGAUAAAGAUGUUAUUUGGAAUGUACUUCCAUGUGUGAAGGUAUGCACUACUUUUGGGACAUCAAGAAUUGUCCACUUAUACAACUUUUAAAAAGGUAAUAUAAGUGUAUGUAUGUCUUACUUUGUAAAACUCCUUGAGAACAAAUAGAGUAUUCAACAUAUAAUUCUAUUUUAAAGAUUCCGGCCACAAACGGUGUAUUCAUCAUGGCAAAUAUACUGUAAUAUCUGCCAGAUACUGUAAUUCACAUAGGCUACCUUAUGUUUCUCAGUGUUACUUGCAAUGAUUGUCAUGUCAGUGUUUCUUAUCUACCAGUAGAGAUUUAAGUUGUACAGUUUGCUGUAGAGCAUUACAAUGCAUUAUUUAAUUAAUACCUCUUAGUGAACUGUGCUGUUUUAAUAUAUUUGAUGUUAAGUUUUAUAUCUACUCGUUUAGCUAGUGCCACUGUAUGACCAUGUUAUGUACAGAUUGGAAAACAAAUAAAAGUCAUGUUAAAAUCAA